AUGGACGUCAAGGAUCGUGAGUCCCCUUCUCGAGGCAGGGGGUUGUAUUUGUCUCAUGGUGCCGACUCAGUCCCCACACGAGCCGAGGUUCAGAAGGGAAUCAUGGACCAGGAACGCGUGGCCACGGGCACCUCGGGCGAAGCCGAAUGGAUUCGGAGGGGGCUUGAUUUGCAGCAGGAGCAGCUUUCAGUGGCUCACGCCGCGAGAAUCAAGCCUGCUGAUGCGUCCGGCAAGGCAGAGCUUGCUCUUGCAACCCAGAGGCAAAAGCUCGAGCGAGGCAUCAGGGAGUUCAACGCUGCUGCCGCCAGGUUCAUUCCGGGGUCACUGUUUCUGAAGGACUGGGCCACAAUAUAUGACGGGAGUGAGUGGACCGCCCUCUUUGAAGAAGAUCUGGCCCCUCAGCUUCCUGGGGUUGAAGGGGAGGGACGACCUGAGAAGAUUCCCCUCUUCCUUCCAUCGACGUUUGGGGCCGACUACCUUUUGAAAAACCGCCUCAAAAAUCUUGCGAAAAAGGAAGCGGAUCUUCGAAUGGCUGAAAUGAACGACUCCCUGCAUGCUAUUCGAGUCGGAAUCGGUUACAAGUCAUACCUUUAUUUCGCCAAGGUCCGCAACGCGUCCUCCACUCGCGCACGGCUCCGUUCUUUUGACGAUGUCAACGCGGCGGAGCGAAACGUGGCCAAGCACACUCGCAACUACAUGCAAUCCCGGGACGCCUUCUUCAAGGUCUCAUUCGCCCUAUCAAAAGAGGAGCAAGAGAGAAAAAAACGUCUUUACAAACCCGUCAAGAAAGAAGACCUGGGGGUGAAUACCGCAAUUGCCGAGCCAUUCACACGUGGGCUUCGCAACUGGCAUGCCUCGUGGAUAUGGACCUUCUCUGAUGACGCCGAGAACCCCGGUGAAUGGGAGCACCGACUCCGUCGCUCCAUGUGGCUCCGAGGCUAUGCCCGGAAACGCAGAUGGACUGAGGAGUUGGUUUUGGUUCAAUUUGAGAUGGAGUGUGUUGUCCGGUCCUUUUCGUCGAAGGCGCAGGAGUGGAAGGAACUGGCUGCCCAGGAGGAAGCAGCAACGGGGCGCCACAUCUAUGCUCUGGCUGAGAAGGCGCGCUGGGAAGAGCUGGAGGCCAGGAUGAAGGGGGCGUUUGAAGCGGCACGGGCUACUUACAAACAAUAG